UCUCGUUCUCUGUUUCUUUCCUCUAUUAUUUUCCACUCGGUUUCUCGUGGUUUAAAAUGGCGGCGUUGAGCAGCGCCGAGUCCCCACCGCCCGUCUUCAACGGAGACACCAUGAACCGCGAUCCGGAGCGGGACCCGGGACUGGACGAGCUGGGCGCGGGGCUCGAACCCGCCUGUCCCGGAGGAGCGGCGAUCCCCGAAUGUCAACAGGACAUUCCCGAGGAGAUAUGGAACAUCAAACAGAUGAUUAAGUUAACCCAAGAGCACCUAGAAGCGCUUUUAGAUAAGUUUGGAGGAGAACACAAUCCGCCAUCUAUAUACCUGGAGGUGAGUUGGCCCGACAAACGAGUUGCUGUCAUGAGUGUGAUGGUGGCUUUUAAUCGUGUAUUGUGCAGAAUUACAUUGUACUCUCCUGUCUCUGUUUUCUCCAGGUCUCUGUGCCAUCCUACUGUGUCCCCGUCCAAAUCCAUCCCUAUCCCACAGUCCUUUAGACCUGGAGAGGAGGACCACCGCAACCAGUUUGGCCAGAGGGAUCGCUCUUCCUCAGCCCCUAACGUCCAUAUCAACACCAUCGAGCCGGUCAACAUUGAUGAUUUGAUCCGUGAUCAAGGCUUACCGAGGUCAGAUGGAGCCCCCUCGCAACACCCAGCCCGCUGCUUGAGGAAGAACCGAACACGGACCUCAAGCCCCCUUCUGUCCUCCCACCCCAAUGACAUUGUCUUUGAUUUUGAGCCUGAGCCAGUGUUCAGAGGCUCCACAACAGGCCUGUCGGCCACACCUCCUGCCUCCCUGCCUGGUUCCCUGCCCAAUGUGAAGGUGUCCAAAUCACCCUGCCCACCGAGAGAGCGGAAGCCAUCGUCUUCAUCUGAGGACCGCAAUAAAAUGAAAACCCUGGGUCGACGGGACUCCAGCGAUGAUUGGGAGAUCCCAGAAGGUCAGAUCACCCUGGGACAGCGGAUAGGAUCUGGCUCUUUUGGAACAGUCUACAAGGGGAAGUGGCACGGUGAUGUGGCGGUAAAGAUGUUGAAUGUCACAGCUCCCACUCCACAGCAGCUACAGGCCUUUAAGAAUGAAGUGGGUGUCCUCAGGAAAACCCGCCAUGUGAACAUCCUGCUCUUCAUGGGCUACACCACCAAACCCCAGCUGGCUAUUGUUACACAGUGGUGUGAAGGCUCGAGUCUCUACCACCACCUGCACAUCAUCGAGACCAAGUUUGAGAUGAUCAAGCUGAUUGACAUUGCCCGUCAGACGGCUCAGGGCAUGGACUAUCUGCACGCCAAGUCCAUCAUCCAUAGAGAUCUGAAGAGUAACAAUAUCUUUCUGCAUGAGGACCUAACAGUAAAGAUUGGUGAUUUCGGUCUGGCUACAGUGAAAUCCCGCUGGAGUGGCUCGCAUCAGUUUGAGCAGCUUUCUGGCUCUAUCUUGUGGAUGGCUCCGGAGGUGAUCAGAUUGCAGGAUAAAAACCCAUACAGUUUCCAGUCGGAUGUCUACGCGUUUGGCAUUGUGCUCUAUGAGCUCAUGUCAGGGGCUCUGCCUUACUCUAACAUCAACAACAGAGACCAGAUUAUCUUCAUGGUUGGCCGGGGUUACCUGUCUUGUGACCUGAGCAAAGUGCGCAGUAAUUGCCCCAAGGCCAUGAAGAGACUUAUGGCAGAUUGUCUGAAGAAAAAGCGAGAGGAGAGACCUCUUUUCCCUCAGAUCCUGGCCUCUAUUGAGUUAUUGGCACGCUCUUUGCCCAAGAUCCACCGCAGCGCUUCUGAACCGUCCCUUAACCGCGCUGGAUUCCAGACAGAGGACUUCAGCAUGUACACCUGCGCUUCCCCCAAGACGCCCAUCCAGGCUGGUGGCUAUGGUGAAUUCUCAGCGUUUAAAUAGUGCUGCAAAUCCUAAAACUCCAUCCCUUGUCAGUUUUUACGACGUCUUGUGUUCCUACGGUGGGUUCAUCCAUAACACAGAAAAGGACUAGUUUUCAAAGAAUGUGCUGUUUUUCUUCCUCUUUACCCGAAGAGCUACGGCCUCAAUGGAAUUGCUUUAAAAUAAAAAUGAUCUCUGCAGGGUGUCAUUGCUGAUUUUACAAAAAUGUCAUAAACAUCACAAAGGACAACUCGAUAAUGCAGCGUACAACAAAAACGACUGAUGUGAGAAACCAACAGCUGCUCACUGGAAAGAAAAAGGCAAACAAACCCAAACAGAUUUUGGCAGGGGAUGAAAAACUUUCCCCAAGAAGGAAGAUAAAUGGGUUUGGGAUGAAUGAUAUUGGGAGCACAAGCCCCGCCUUUGCUCCGCCCCUGGAGGGGAACAACACACAGCACUGGCCAAUCAGAAAACAGGGCCCAGUGACAUGGAAUGAUGGGAAAAUUGGCAUAAGAAAGAGGACGUCAAGUCGCAGUCAUGGAAAGGUGCUGAAUGUCAGGAGAAUGAUAUUUAGAAACGUUUUUUCUCUUGCAAUGAGUUUGUUACGAGAUGUCGCCCGUGGGUGGAGUUAUUAAUACAGAUUUCUUUGGUCUUUAGCAUUUUUUUUUUCUCUCAAGGGUCAUAUGUUGUAGAUAAACCGACCCUUUUUCAGUUACAGAUAUAGUUUGUGACCAGUGGUAAAUGAAGCAACCAUCAAAAGACUUUUUUUUUUUAUAUUCACAUAUAUAUUCUAGAAUAUUCUGUAGGUUUUUUUCUUUUAGUUCUUUGUCAAGGCAAACUAGUAUUUUUUUUUAUUUAUUUUGCAUUUCACAUGUCCCACGCAAAGAAGCCUGGGGAAAUGUUUUUAGCCUCUCUUGGAUCGGCACAAAUACCAUCAGAAAUGUCUGAGGUGGGCAAAAUCAAAGCGGUUUCCGCGCUUCUAGAGAAUUUGAUUUAGUUUCGACUCCUUACAGUAGCUGAAGGUUACAUUAUUUAAAGUUUCUUGUAGAAAAACCCACUGUAUAAAGCAAACACGAAGCCUUGCUAUGGAGUAACAAUGUGGGCGUAUUUCAGAUGUAUUUCUGUACUUUUCACUACAACUUUAAGCUUAACUGUUGUUAUUAGAAGCCAUUCCUUUGAGGCCAUAACGGUUAACAGAUUUUUAUUUUAUUUUUUUUUUAGAUUCGAUUCAUCCGAGUCUCUUUUCGAACACUUUGGACCUUGCACCGCUGGAUUCAUUCUGAUAUAUUUGUUCACGGGUCAUAGGGUCAUUAAGUUUCAUAUAGUUUUUCUUGUGUUAUAUACAGGCAGGCCUGCAAAGUUACAUUAAUUUAUAUUGCUUUAAUUGUAUUACUUUUUGUUCGGUGUUGUUUCGAACUCUCAGAGAGGUGUGUGUGUGUGUGUAUAUGUAUAUAUAUAUAUAUAUAUAUACAUACAUAUUUUCUCUCACUCAUUCUGUGAUUUGCUGAAAUGGACAUUACGCAGUGUGUCUGUGCACUUUGUAUAAAUGACUGAUGCAGAUAAGCAAUUUUGCCUUUUUAAAGACUUAAUAUAUUUUGUCAUAUGAAGAGGUUAAAGCAUGGUUACCGGAUUGCAAAAUGAAUGAAAAUUGAUUUCAAAAGCAGGCAGGGCCAUGGGACACUAAAAACCAAAGCUUAAUCCAACCUCCUAAUGCCACCUUCGCCAUUGCCGGAGAACGGUUAUCUGGAUCUUCGACCAAAUCGAUUCGCCCUAUGACUCGAACAGGCGACAAAGCGGCGACUCUUCGUUUCAAGUUGGUCCAAAGACUUCUGCGUCAACCCUCUAGCAUAGCUUUGGGCUGUAGUGACACUAGCACUGUGUAGCCCUGAAGUUCACCUAGACACUGUGGAUAGUGGAAGUGCCCUCGUAGGGAUGCUUUUUGUUAUUUCGGCCUCUUCGUAGUGAAAUAAGUGGCUCUGCCUCCUUUUUUUCUCGUAGGAAAUGACGCAUUUUUGCUUUCGACUCCACAAUAUGCUUGAUGUUGCACAGAUAACUGAGGCUCUGCGCUUGGUUCGCCACUCGUGCUCUGUUACAAAAGCGAAGACACGCAUCCCAUCUUCUUGCUUCUGUUGAGAUGGAUUGGAUUAUUUAUUUUGGUUCUUUUUUUCGAUUAUUUUUAUAAGGACGAUGCUCUGUGAAUUGGUUCCGCCACUUAAACUUGCCAUUAAGGAGAGAGGAGCUCCACGGAUCCUUUGAGUCGUGACGGUGGUCACUGUUUUCACAUGUAUAAUUUAAAAAGACAAGACGUUUGAAUGAACUUGUUACCAGAUUAAGCUGGCAAACCUAACGUGGGUUGCGUAUGGAGAUGGUAGAGGUGUAUUUUAAGAAUGCUGUAUUUAUUUUCUAUGGGAAUGUUACUGAAGAUGUCUGACUUGUGAAGGAUCGAUCCUUCUUGACUGGAAUACUUGGGGACCCGUUUAAUUACAACUCGGAGAUAAACACACAUAUAUACAGAUUCUCUAUAACCAUUUUUAUUUCACUCCCCAAACCCCCAUUUUAUUUGCUUUUUAAGCCUUCACCAAAAAACGUCCGUAUCACAUUCCUUUCUGUUGCCUCGUCUGCACUUUAACCCCACCCUCCCCCAGUGCAAGUUCAUUCAAGUGAGGAACUAUCAUACAAAUGUUUGGGAGACUCUUUUCAUCUGUAAAUAGCUGUACAAAGGAAGUACUGUCCGUUUGCUAGGAGGCAUGGAGAUAAAAAAUAAUGAAAUGACUUCAAGUGUUUCAACUUAAGAAAUAAAGGUUAAGAAAAGACAUUUUGAUAGAUGAAAUUCUGAGAAAAUAUUUCGGUGUAAAAAUAUUUAAGACUGUAUUAUAUAAAAGGAAAAGAGCUUAAUGUAUUUGUUGUGAAUAUGAAAAACUGAUAUAUUAAAGAAGU